AACAAGCCGCGCGCGAACCGCCGCCCCGCUCCGACCUCUCACCUCAGUGCCGGUUGCGUGUGCAGUGCCACCACGUGAGCCCGUCGUCGGGCCGAUAUGUGAAUCAGUCUUUGUGUCUGCUCCCGCUGGAGCUAUGGCGCGUCAUCGCGUAGCGCGCAAAAUGAAAUAAUAAGCGUAUUAGGUGACCCCCGGCAUGAGGUCGGGGGAGGGCGAGGGCUCGGAACUGGCGGAGUUUGGCGCGCGCUGGCCGCCGCCCUACUCGCAGGGCUACGGCUGGCGCUCCGCCACGCCGCAGCAUCCGCCCGCGCACCACCUCGCGAGACACUCGCGCUCGCAGCAGGACAACCGCCACACCAGCUACGAGGCGGAGGAUGCGCGGGCGAGAGCGCGGGGCGGUGUAUAUUACUCGCCGCCCGGAACUUCUUACACCAUAGUGGAAAGGCCGGCAUCCUCUCAUGGCCACCACGCGCCUUAUUCGCAGCACCACUACCCGGGAAAACUCUCCCGAGCUCCUUACCUUGGUUCUUCUACUAUAGCUAACAGUGCAGGUGCAACCAGUCUGCGCAACAGUACAAACCACCUGAGCGCAAAUGGCAAGAAGAGGCCUAUAUCGCCAGAGCAAGUCCUCCGGUUGUUCGGCCAAGGGGGAGCGGCGGCGCUAGGAAAGGCUCUGCCUCCGUCACACCCGCCAGCACCCCUGCCAGCACCACUACCAGCUCCUCUCCCCGCUAGGCGGCACUCCCCAGCUAGCAGCCCGAGCAGUACGACUCAUCAUGCGAUAUAUCGAGGCGAGCGGGAGAGGGAACGGCCGUAUUCUUCGGGGGGAGCGCCGCCACCGCCGGUGGAGCCGGCCACGCGUACCGUCACCAUGAGCAGGGACCCCGCUGAUUCGCAUGGCUUCGGCAUCUGCGUCAAAGGCGGGAAGGAAGCAGGAGUGGGUGUGUACAUAUCGCGGGUGGAAGAGGGUUCGGUGGCGGAGCGGGCAGGGCUCCGUCCAGGCGACUCCAUCCUGCAAGUCAACGGGACACCAUUCUCAGGCAUUUCUCACGAGGAUGCCCUGAAGAUGCUAAAAUCCUGCCGGCAGCUGACCAUGGUUGUGCGGACAGCUGGCGCCCUCGUAGGCCGAGCAUCUUGCUCGUGGAUGGACCGGUAUGGAAGGCCAGCAUCACCUCCACCUCAGCGGCCGCUACGGUCUGCCUCAAAAGAUCGUUCAAUACGAAGGGUGGAUCUUUGCAUAGAACCGGGACAGUCGUUGGGGUUGAUGAUACGCGGAGGCCUGGAAUACAACCUUGGUAUCUACAUAACUGGCGUGGAUAAGGAUUCAGUUGCGGAUCGAGCAGGACUUAUGGUGGGCGAUCAAAUCCUGGAAGUGAAUGGACAGUCGUUCGUAGACGUGACACACGACGAGGCAGUUGCGCAGCUCAAAUAUCACAAAAGGAUGUCACUCCUCGUGAGAGACGUCGGCAAAGUGCCCCAUGCGUGUACGGCGUAUGGGGAACGUGAAGCUAUACCAAGGGUAAGCGGCUGGGGGAAAAGAAGAGGUGCGGCAGCGACGGCCGUUGAGCAGAAAGCCAAAUCGUUGCUGCCGCAGAGCGACAUACCAGCUCUCGCUUACUAUAUGGAGGAAUAUGCGGCGAGAAGGCUCACUCCUGAUGCCUUUCUCACCGUACUGCGCGAUCUACUAGAUACCCAACAGAAAUAUUCGCUUUUAACGGAAAUCCGAGAGUUCAUGCUUCCGGAGGACCGGCCGCGCUUCGACGAACUUGUCUACCGCCGCCCGGAGGAGGGAGCGGAACAUCAUAAUAUAAAGCGCGGCGAGCGUCACAUGCUGCCUUCAACUACAAUGCACGAACUCCACGACCCGGAGGUGCCAGCAGAAGUGCCUCUCGUGGUCGACCAUCGCUCGCCUUCUGAGGACUCUGGCUUGGGUCUUCCGCCCCUCGACCAAGCUUACAGGAGCGGGCGACCGUGGCGCGCCGGAGAGCCGCAUCCGCCUGACGAGGACCUGGAUCCCCCGCCCGAGGAGUACGAGGAGGAAGGCCGCUCCAGAAGGCAUUCAUCGCCAUGUAACUCGAGAGAGGGCAGCACAACCGCACUACACACACAGCAUUACGACGACGCUGAUCAGUGCGGCUAUCUCGACGGUCUGCGCUCAUCACUCGGUGGCUGGACGCAGAAAGUAAAAUCAUGGUACUGGGGACGACCUCUAGACAUGGCCCACAAGUUAUCGCGUAGCUUCGACAUGAAAGAAGAAGGUGGUGCAUUACUUGAGGAUCGAGGUGGGAUCCGCAGGCACCAGUCCAUGCAGCGACUACAACAUGGCGAAGCGCAGAUGGACGAAGGCAGAGCAGCGAGAGUCGUGCCCGAUCAUCAUGGCAACCUGCAUAUUACGGUGAAGAAGACCAAGCCUAUCCUUGGCAUCGCGAUAGAAGGCGGCGCCAAUACUAAACACCCCUUGCCAAGAAUUAUUAACAUCCACGAACAUGGGUCAGCGUUUGAAGCAGGGGGUUUAGAAGUAGGCCAACUAAUUUUGGCGGUGGAUGGAAAUCGAGUAGAAGGGAUGCAACAUCAAGAAGUCGCUCGGCUUAUUGCAGAAUCCUUUGCGCAAAGAGAUAAACCGGAGAUAGAAUUUUUAGUCGUCGAAGCAAAGAAGUCCAACCUGGAGCCAAAGCCGACGGCCCUUAUUUUCUUGGAGGCCUAACAUCUACUUUCCCUCCCCGCCAGCGACCCUCCGACCGCGCUGGGCAACGCGAUGUCGGAGGUCGACCUCACCGCGCACACCACGGAAUAGCCAACUCCAACCUGCGCUGUCACAUGCUCUUCUGAACGUCCAAUCGGCGCUAAAAGCUUUUCGCGGAUCGCUAAAACACAAGCAACAGUGUCCAGCUUUGUUGCUAAACGGUUUCGCGCGUCUUGCGAAACAGUCGAUGAAACGUACGCUCUACAGAGAUAAAACGUCAAUAAAAUAGAUGAUGUACUUUAAAACAUUCAACUAUUCCUGUCCUGACGUUGCAACGGACUGAAAUGAGAAAAAAACGCAGGUAUCCUUAAGUAGGCUAUACGAAAUUAAUGGCACAGGGGAGGCAUAUUUUAAUAAUAUUAAAAUCUUGCAACAAUAAUAUAAACAAGAAACGCAGAAACUUGAAAAAUUUAUCCCAAGUACACUGCCCAAGAAAAUUAACGGUUCUCGUAAUAAAAAGUCCCACUUUUUUUCACCGGGAUUUUAUGAAUAGUAUCAAAAUUUUUGAAAUUCUUUUCUAGAAUGUAGAGUUACCAAUUUUACCGGUAGUCUGUGACUGAAUUUUAUAAGAAAUCUCCUAACUUUUAAAGAUUAUAAUUAAAAUACUAAAAAUAAUUUCAAUUUCGAAUAAGUCACAAGUAAAAAAAUUACAAAUAAGCACAUUUGAUACAGUACUACAAACUAAAUAGAACGAAUUAUAACAGAAGAGUAUAUCAUACACAGUGCUAAUUUCGUAUAGAUUGGCAUUGAUGCUAUGGGCACAACGUUUCACAACACAUCGGUUCUUGAAUCGUAUUUCCAUCUAGUAGUUUCAGUAGAGUUCGUCUAGAGCUUACAAUUGGCGCAUUUUCAUGUCACUUGCGUCAUCCAUGUGCCAUCAACGUUGCAAUCGAUCCAGCCUCGGUUCUGGAGACGAAUCAUUUGGUUCAGCCUUGGGUAAGAUAGUUGGUUCAGCCUCGCGGUAAGCAUUCGGUUCAUCUCAUCACAGGUCGUUGUACCGAAGGUACUCACUAGAGGAACGCCCUAGGGGCCCAUCAUCCUUGUCAUCAGUAGAGCAGAGCUUGCAGCACGCAACGCACUCUUAAGCAAGCUGUCCUUACUUACAUGCGAUUUUAGAUAAACAGCAUUUGAAAAACCUAUCAACAUUUAUUUACGGGAAUUUAAUACUACUUACAUUUGUACAGUCAUUAUCAACGUAAGUUGGUUACUUUUUUUUUGAGGAAUUUUAAAGAAACACUCGA